AUGGAGACUGAAUCGUCGCCGUCAAACACCACGUCGGCCUACACCACGCCGACACAGCCUACGCCGACACACCACAUGCCGACACAAAUCGCCGUGCUGAAGCAGGGUACGUACGAGCGUGGCAGGUGGUCUACCCGCGUCCUGACUCUCGACAGCGAAGCUGGCACGGUGGCGGUCAGUCAAAAAAACAACCCACAACACAUCUUGCACCGCGCCUUGAACGUUCAAAGUGUGCAGAUGUGGCCGCACUACAACCGCUACGCCAUCGAGAACCACUUUAACUCCUUGAAGGCGAAGAUGGUGCUGUGCAUCACGGGCAAAGAGGUCAGCCUCACCGACCCCAACGCCUCCGUAGGAAACUACGUGCGGAAUAAGGUCGGGAUACUACUUUCCGCGUCAAUAGCCGCGGAGACAAACUUCUGGACAGCGGCCUCCUUGAAGCAAGGCUCACCCAAGUAUUCCUCUGGCCAGAAGAAUUCCUCCACUUCCAGUGCCAAAUCUGCCCCCAAGCCCAUCUCUGUGGAUACCUCCACCACCACGUGGUUUAUAAGUUUCACCUCCAUUGAGAGCUACGAAAUGGCCGUGAUGAUUUUGAUGCACUACAAGAACAAAGACGGGUCAAGGCGAAAACUUUUUUCAAACAAUGUGGUGGCAGACCUGGCCCGGGUAAAGAGGGCGUCGGCGACGAAAGGAGAACGCUUGAACAGCGAGCCCACCAUCGAAGCCAUUUGA